AUAAUUCUAGGGUUUCUACCAUACCUCCCUCUCUGGAUUCCGGUCACCGGAGCAAUGGGCCGUUCAAGGGGGCUUUCUCGUUCUACCACCGACGACGAUCUCAACCACAGAUCGAAAAGGAAAAGAGCAGCACCCGGUGUUGAAAAUCUGGAGAUUGGUGUUGCAGAGCAAAUACUGGGUGAAGCGAAAGGUGGACUUUACCACUGCAAUUAUUGCAACAAGGACAUUUCGGCGGUGGUUCGUAUCAAAUGUGCUGUGUGUCCAGAUUUUGACCUUUGUGUGGAGUGCUUCUCUGUUGGAGCUGAAGUUAAUCCUCACAAGUGCAACCAUCCAUACAGAGUUAUGGAUAACUUGUCUUUCCCGCUUCUUUGUCCAGACUGGAAUGCAGAUGAAGAGAUAUUACUUCUUGAGGGCAUUGAAAUGUAUGGAUUUGGGAACUGGACUGAAGUUGCUGAACAUGUUGGAACCAAGAACAAGUCACAAUGUAUUGAUCACUACAAUGCCAUAUACAUGAACUCUCCAUGCUUUCCUCUCGCAGACAUGUCUCAUGUUAUGGGAAAGAGCAGGGAGGAGCUCCUUGCUAUGGCCAAAGGGCAUGAUGAAGUCAAGAAAGAAUUGCCUAUGCUUCCUGAGGUUACGGUGAAAGAAGAGUCUCCUAUCUCUGCAAAAAUCAAAUAUGAAGCACAAAGAAAAGACGACCCUGCUUGUCAUUCUUCAUCUAGCUUUUCUGAAGAAGUAGGCCCUCAAGUUAGUUCAAGCAUUGGUAAGACAUUCUCGAGUGCAGUUAAGAGGGCCUCACAUAUGAACCAGAUUAAUGAUUGUAUUAAAGUGGAAGAAUGUCAAUCAGACAGGAGGAUUGGAGAGAAAAAACCUAGAGUUUCCAUGGAUGAGGGACCUUCCAUUACUGAGUUGAGUGGCUACAAUUUCAAGAGGCAGGAAUUUGAUAUUGAAUAUGAUAAUGAUGCCGAACAGUUAUUAGCAGACAUGGAAUUCAAGGAUGCAGACACAGAUGCAGAACAUCAACUGAAAUUGCAUGUGCUACGUAUCUACUCAAAAAGGCUGGAUGAAAGGAAGCGUAGGAAGGACUUUAUACUAGAAAGAAAUUUACUUUAUCCUGACCCUUUUGAGAAGAACCUCUCAUCAGAAGAGAGGGAAAUAUAUCAGCGGUUAAAGGUUUUUAUGCGAUUCCACUCAAAAGAAGAGCAUGAGGAGUUACUUAAAAGUGUUAUAGAGGAACAUCGGAUUGCCAAAAGAAUACAAGAUCUUCAGGAAGCACGUGCUGCUGGUUGCCGAACAGCUGUUGAAGCAAGUAAAUUUAUUGAACAAAAGAGGAAGAAGGAAGCUGAAGAGAAUGCCCUGAGAUUGAAGGAAAGCACACAGACUGGUCCUGCUGGGAAAGGACCAUUACAUGGUGGCCCUCAAGGCUUUGUUCAAGGUUCCACUGGCCUGCAGCCCUUUAGUAGGGAUUCUUCAAAUGCAGCUGAACAAGUGAUCCUAAACUCAAUAGAUGAUUGGGAUAUCACUGAAUUCAUAGGCGCUGAUCUAUUGUCUGAGACUGAGAAACAGCUUUGUGGGGAGCUAAGAAUACUCCCUUCACAUUAUCUCAGGAUGUUGCAGAUCUUAUCAAUGGAGAUAUUGAAGGGCAAUAUUAGCAAGAAAUCAGAUGCUCACAGCCUCUUCAAAGUGGAACCAAGUAAGGUAGAUAGAGUCUAUGACAUGUUGGUUCAGAAGGGGGUUGCUCAAAGGUGAUCAAAUUCCCCAACCUCCAGUUUUGUACUUCAUCAAUGUACAAAUCAUGAAAGGUGAAAAUAUUAUUAUAACUGAUGCAGUAGAAGGUAUUAGUUGUAUUUACUUACAGUUUUAUAUGAUUUAAUUUCUAAAUCUAUUAACAUUUAUCUUCUAUCGUCACAUCAUGGAGCAUGGGAUUGGGGCCUAUAUAGAAAGCUGGGUAGAAUGGAUAGAGAUUGCUGCUUGAGAUGGCAUAAUGGUUCUCAUGGGUCCGUCCACCGGGAGGCAGAUACAUAUAUAGUUCCAAUGUUCCUUGAUACGAAGGAGAAGCAGCAUGGUCUAAGUUUUAACGUGAGCUAGCUAGAGCAUAACCAUUAUGGAGGGCAUAAACCUAUUUUUAGUUUUUUACUUUAAUAAAUUUGUAGUUUUUAGCUCUUUAUCUUAUAUUAUGACACUUUUAACUUCUCAAUUAUAAAAAUUAAAAAAAAAG